AGUGAGGAGCCCCAAAUCCACUCCAACGAUGGAGGAAAGCCUGUGCGCCGUGGAGAAGCGCGGGCGGGUGCACGUCAUCACCCUCACCGGCGCGGAGGAGCACCGCCUCAGCCCGGCCCUGCUCUCCGCCCUCCGCUCCGCGGUCGCAGCCGCCCGCCGCGCCUCCCCCGGUGCGCUCGUCCUGGCCGGCGAGGGCAAGUUCUUCAGCAACGGCUACGACCUCGCGUGGGCGCGCGCGGGGCCGGCCCCGGCGCCGGGGCACCGCCUCUCCGAGAUGCGCGCCGCGUUCCGCGGCCUCGUCGCCGACCUGCUCGCGCUCCCCGUGCCAACGGUCGCGGCCGUCACGGGCCACGCCGCGGGCGCCGGCUGCGCGCUCGCGCUGGCGCACGACGCCGUCGCCAUGCGCGCCUCCCGCGGGUUCCUCUACAUGAGCGAGGUCGACGCCGGGAUCAAGAUCGUCGAUUUUGUCGGCGAGCUGGUUCGGCAGAAGGUCCCCGACGCGGCCGCUAGGAGGGACCUGGUGAUGAAGGGGGAGAAGAUGACGGCCGCGCAGGCCGCGCGCCGAGGCAUCGUGGAUGCGGCCGUGGACGGCGGCGUGGAGGACGUCGUGGCCGCGGCGGUCGCCAUGGCUGAGGAGCUCGCAGCCAGAGACUGGGAUGGAGAGAACCUAGCCGCCAUCAGGAAGGACGCAUGGCCGGUUUUGUGGAGCAAGGUCAAGGACUACGGCGGCGAUGUGCUGGCGCGGCCGCGUCUGUAAUUGCCUGCUUGCGAAUUUCGGUCGUUUCUGUUACUUGCCAUUUGGUCGUUAUCAACAAUCUGAAAGUAAUGAUCUGUGGCCUUGGGAAUGUGCAGAC